AUGAAGUGUUUUGUGUUCUUAGUUUUAAUUGGUAUUUUUACCAAAGUGAUAUGUGAUAAUAACUUUAGAAGUAUGCCGAUGACUUUGAGGACACCGGAAAAUGAAACUAUUUUGCUGCCAUGCUACCACAACACUCCUUAUUUCCUCCUGAGGUGGUACCGGAACGACCAGCUCCUGGCGGAUUCACAGCACAGCGAGCAUCCACUUCCGGACAGAAUGACGCUCUGGUCCAACGGAAGUCUGGAAAUCACACGAAUCCAGUUGAGUGACAGCGCUGAUUACUCUUGUCAAAUCCAAACGGAAGGAGGUCUGGCUCAGCAAGUACACACGAUAGAAGUCCAAGUACCUCCGUCUUUAAUAAUUGAGCCUGAAUCCGGAGUUUUAGAAAUUCCAGUUGGCGGCAGAGCUCACAUGGCUUGUCAUGCAACCGGAGUACCCACACCUAUCAUUACCUGGAAGUGUAAGGGCCAAGAACUUGAACUAAUAGACAGCAGGCCAAGUCUGACUUUUGAAGUAACAGGUCCGGAUUUAGAUGGUGACUACGAAUGCAUUGCUGACAAUGGUGUCAACCCACCUGCUUCUGCGAUAAUCAUAUUAAGAGUUCUAACUUUUCCUCGUUUGACGAGCCCUCAACGAAGUGUUCAUACGCGAGCAGGAUUGCGCUCCCAAUUGGAGUGUUCGGCAACUGCACGACCUGCGCCCAAUAUCCAUUGGUUUCGAUCCGGAAUUCCGGUCACUCUAUCUGCUGGACGAGUGUCUAGGAUUGACCAAGAAAUGGCCCCUACAGAUCAACAAGAAAGUACUGAGAAUUCACCUGAGAUAACCAGGCGCAGUGUUCUUUUAUUCAAAACGGUACGAGAUACUGAUCUAGGUCUGUUCGAAUGCCGGGCCGAAAAUAAAAUAGGAGUGCAGCUUCUGCACGUAGAGCUUACUGGGGUUCCUCAGCCGGCGGUUUUUAAGACUGGACCUCUACCAACGCUGCCGGAUGAUGCAGUGUCAUCAACAGUAUCCAUUCCUCCUGGAAUGGUUAGGGAUUCUUCAUACACACUUGUUUGGCAAACGGAAAGCCUAUCUCCUAUUAUCGAAUACCGACUGCAAUUUAGAACAAUUUUAACAGGAGACGUGACAGACCCUUCACGAAAGGAAACUUCGGAUUGGACAUCUUUAACGAUUCCAGGAGAUAUGUCGUCAGCACCUGUUCACACUGCUGGAUAUUCUUUAAGAGGACUUGUACCAGGAACUUUAUAUGAAGUUUCUGUUGAUAGUAGAAAUCGCUAUGGAUGGAGCACGUCCAGACCUCUUUUAAAGUUCACUUCUUGGGGAAAUCCUUUAAAAGAUCCUUAUGCAAGUCGGACUUCGAUCACUGAAAUGGACUCCAAUUCUUUAUUUUUAGGAGCUGAAGAAAGUUAUUAUUAUGGCAACUAG